CUCUCUCUCUCGCUCGCUCGCUUUCUUUCUCGCGUUCAACCAACCGUCCGCGUUCUCUCCGUGGCUGGCUGGUCUGGCUGUCAUCCAGCUCGAUCGAAACGCUCCUGCUCUUCGCUUCCGCCUUGGAGAUCCGUCUUUCUCCUCUCGAGGAUGUUCCUCCUCGUGGACUUGGUCCUCGCACGCUAAACGAUUGUGCGCGAAACUAACGACAAUGCGACUGCCCGUCUUCGCGAUUUUCGAGGGCAACCACGCUGCCCUGGAGGACAUGGCGGCGGGACGGGGGCAGGCGGGCGGAGGGCCUCCUCCAAACUGUCAGAAAGUUUUUAUACAACGUGACUACAGCGAAGGCACUAUGGUUAAGUUCCAGACGCGGUUUCCAACGGAACUGGAAAGCAGACUGGACCGACAGUCUUUCGAGUACACCAUCAAUCAGUUGAACAGUUACUUCGCAGAGGCGGAGAGACCCAGCUGCAGAACGUACUGCGAGGGCUGCCUGGCCUGCAUCACGGGUUACUUGUUGUACAUAUGCAAGGAGACACAUUACGAGAAGUGUCUGCGGAAGGUGGCGAAGUUCGUCAGCGAGCAGAACGACAGGGUCUAUAAGCCGCGCGGCCUCCUGCUGACGGACCCGACGACGCGCGGGCUCAGGCUAAUAGAGAUCUCGGUACUGGACCGACCUGCGUCGUGACUGCAUAUUAGCCGAUCCAGGGAGUUCUUCAUGUGACCCGCGCACUACUCCGGUGGUUACCUCGCCCGGAUCACGGACAUACACGCGCUCGUGAAUGCCUGCCGGCACAAUUACGUCGCGUACCGCCUGGUUUGAGCCAAGUUGCCAAGGUGCAAGGUGCAUAUAUACGCCGGCGAUAUCGCCCGUGCACGAUCGACGAAGCUGCGCGCGCGUUUUCCUGGAGGAGCCUCCGUAGUGUUGUUCUCCGUUGACGACGUGUAGCGCGACGACAUGUAGUCGCGCGUUCGCGCUCCAGGUACACCUUGCACGAUCAGUUCUUGCCGAGUGCGUGCCCCGAUGAGCCCGAGCUCCUCUCUUGCUCGCACGGGUCGAGCUUCGUACUUAGUCCUAAGGUAAAUGUAGCUCG